GCUCUUAAGUAUUUUGCUCCACUUUGUUGCUUAUCUGAGAUAAUAAUUCGCAAAAAAAAAAAAAAUUAUCCCAGACUCACAAGAGUCUUAACUUUGGUUUAUGACUUUCUCAAGGUUUAUCGCAAUUGCUAUAAUAUACAGCCGAAAAUUCUUUAUGAUGUGAUCAAAAUCAAGGUUGUUUUUCUUAUCUGUGCACAUUAGAUUAGCAUAUAAAUCGAGAGAUCCAUCAAUUUGUGACAGUAUAUCAUAAUCAGCGCUGCACUGCACAUGCUCCAAAAUGUUUCAGUUCUCAAAGAUCGUGCUGGUUUUUAUAGUUUCCCUAGGCCUUCCAUCCAAUUUAAUGGGCCAGUGCGAUGUCUGCCAAACUGAAGUUCCAGUUGCCUGCCACAGUGAAACAUCCUUUUCAAUCUGCCUAAAUGGCAUUCCGACAGAGGAUUAUAUAGAAUGUCCCAAGGAUUAUCAUUGCACCGGGCAAAAAUAUAUAUGUUAUCCAAAAGCAAGCGGAACUACCAAUUGUGUAACUGGGUCAACCACCACGCCAGCUACCACCACAGUAACCCCAUGGGAUCCAGUCAUGUUUUGUAAAGAAACUCAAACGGCAGCCUGGUAUACAAAUGAAUUGGAUCCCACCUGUGCCACGUACGUGCAAUGCUAUACUGACAAUAAUGAGUGGACUGCCUCUGUACAGGAGUGUGGAUCAGGAUUUUGGUUUAACGGAGAAUACUGUGAUAAUGAAAAACCAGAGAAUUGUACAUGAACAUUUUAUUACUUCCCCAUACGCGUCUCUAGCUUUAUACUGCCGCGUUUCUCUUUAAUUUUUCUUUUCCUUAUACUUUGAUAUAAAUAUAAACUUGUGGGCUAUACUAUAAA